AUGAAUCUCCGAUUGAUUAUUGAAAAUUCUAUGAAAUAUGGCGUCCUCAUCUGCAUUAGAUGCCAUGACUACCGGAAACAAGAUGUCAUCCUUGGUUCAAUGCUCUUUGUCAUUGUCCCUUGUCAGCUAUUUAUUGCAUACGUUCUUGAGUUGGCUGUAGCAGGGCGAGUCAAAGAAACUGUUGGCCGAAAGAAGAAAGACAAAUCAGCUGAGGAUGGCGAGCGUGAACAACGUGAAUUCCGGACGAUUUGGCGGUUCGCCUUAUCUUUUCAUAUCCUCAAUACCUUGCUGAAUCUCGCGGUGACAAGCUAUGUCGUUUAUUAUUACAUCCAUCACCCAGGGAUCGGGACGCUCUGCGAAGUUCAUGCGAUUAUUGUAGCGCUCAAGAAUUGGUCCUAUGCAUUCACCAAUCGUGAUCUCCGCGAAGCGAUGCUUAAUCCAUCUGCGGAGUCCGCCCUUCCCGAGAUUUACUCUUCAUGCCCUUAUCCACGGAAUAUUACGCUUGGGAACUUGGUGUACUUUUGGUUGGCACCCACGCUGGUUUAUCAGCCAGUUUAUCCCAGGUCACCCGAAAUCCGAUGGUCGUUUGUGGGCAAGCGCAUGUUCGAAUUUACAAGCUUGUCUAUAUUCAUAUGGCUUCUCUCCGCCCAGUACGCUGCUCCUGUCCUGCGAAAUUCUAUUGACAAAAUCGCUGUCAUGGACAUUACUUCCAUCUUUGAACGAGUGAUGAAGCUAUCUACCAUCUCCCUCAUCAUUUGGCUUGCUGGUUUUUUCGCUCUUUUCCAGUCAUUCUUGAAUGCCCUCGCUGAAGUGCUGCGGUUUGGAGACCGAGAGUUCUAUCUCGACUGGUGGAACAGCUCCAGUCUUGGUAUGUACUGGAGAUCUUGGAACAGGCCUGUCUAUCUCUUCAUGAAGAGGCAUGUGUAUUCGCCUCUAAUUGGGCGGGGAUAUAGUCCUUUGACGGCAAGCACUGUUGUCUUUCUAGUUUCCGCUCUUCUGCACGAACUGCUUGUGGGGAUUCCUACCCAUAAUAUGAUAGGUACUGAGAUGCCCUGCGAAUGCGUCGCCCUCGUAGGAAUGUUAUUUCAGCUGCCACUGAUCGCCAUCACCGCCCCAUUAGAAAAGAUGAAAGAUCCUUCGGGGAAAGUAAUUGGAAAUUCAAUAUUCUGGGUUAGCUUUUGCGUGGUUGGACAGCCUUUGGGGGCACUGCUGUAUUUCUUUGCUUGGCAGGCGAAAUGUGAGAUGUUCAGUCGGCCACCGUUAUUCAAAUCAGGCACAGUAGUUACUAUCCUUAUCAAAUUGUUCUCAGAGUCCCUCGGUAGAGUGAGACGGAGAAAGUACACGUAUCUCAUAUGGAUGCCUCCCCUGGCGUUGUACUUUGAUUGGUUGUCAAUCUGCAACCGAGAGGCACUAAAGUUCAAUGUUAUACAUCACUCGUGUUUGGGCAAUGUGAAUACGGAUGUCGGUUCGUCGGCACUCCGAAUGGAAAUCAACUUUGCCGAGUUCCUGACGUCAAAGAACCCAGCACUAUUUAUGCUUCUAGAUCCCACGGCACCUCGAGAAAACAACCAAAAGAUCAAUCAACAUGCCGUUAUUGGCGUCGCGCUUGGAGCUAUCCCUGUGCUCAGCUUUAUCCAUGGAUUAGUUGUGUCGGGUUUCCGCAAGGAAGCCAAAGUUCCCUACCCUCACACCUAUGCGACUGUCGAACAGUGCAAGUCGAAUGCUAAAGCCGAACAAUUCAACUGCGCUCAGCGCGCGCACGCCAACUUCCUCGAAAAUGCUCCCCAGACCAUACUCUAUACUCUGGUUGCAGGUCUGAAAUACCCCCAGCUGGCUACCGCUCUUGGCGCCGUCUGGUUCGUGGCUCGCUCGCUCUUCUUGUACGGAUACGUGUACUCGGGCAAGCCACAGGGUAAGGGAAGGUUCCUUGGAGGAUUUUUCUGGCUUGUGCAGGGAGCUUUGUGGGGCCUGAGUGUAUUUGGUGUUGGAAAGGAUCUUAUCUCGUUCUAA